AUGAUUUUGCAUUUCUGGGGAGGAAGACUGUUUUGUUUACAAAUAGUCUUCCUCCCUGUCAGCUCGGGCACACUGCUCGUUAUGGCUGUGCACAGCACAGCCAUCCCAAUCAGUGUGUUUACAGUGAAGUACACCCCACCCCCUAGUAAAACACUACCUACACACAGUUAACCCUUUGAUCACCUCUCUCAUUAACCCCUUCCUGCCCAGUUUCAUUAGUACAGUGUCAGUGCUGGUUUUUAGCACUGAUCACUGUAUUGGUGUCACUGGGGAUGUUAGUGGCACCAAGUUAGUUCCCCCUCAGUCUCAGAAUGCCUGUCGCAGUCCCGCUAAAA